CGAAAGAACAAAAGAUCAUUAAGAAAGAUGAGUAAUUUAUUAUCUCCUCCAGCUGGUUUUAACUUUUCUCAACUCCCUUCAAACUUGAUUCCGGACGAUGCGAAUCCGCCAUGGAUGAGCAAAGGUGACAAUGCAUGGCAACUAGUUGCAGCCACCCUAGUGGGGUUACAAAGUGUACCAGGCCUUAUAAUACUGUAUGGAGGUGCAGUAAAAAAGAAAUGGGCAGUGAAUUCAGCUUUCAUGGCUUUGUAUGCCUUUGCUUGUGUUCUACUUUGUUGGGUUUGCUGGGGAUACAGGAUGUCGUUUGGGGAAAAACUUAUACCAAUAUGGGGGAAAGUGGACGUCGCGUUGGAACAAGAUUACCUCUUUCGCCAAGCAUUUCUAGGGAUGUUCCCUAAUUCAACCAUGGUGUUUUUCCAGUUUGUUUUCGCCGCGAUCACUUUGAUUUUGAUCGCGGGAGCAUUACUGGGGAGAAUGAAUUUUUAUGCUUGGAUGCUGUUUGUUCCAUUGUGGUUAACCUUUUCUUAUACCUUUGGUGCAUACACCAUUUGGUCUACGGAUGGUUGGCUAUCUGUUGAGGGUAUCAUUGACUAUUCUGGUGGCUAUGUCAUCCAUUUGUCUUCUGGGGUCGCUGGUUUUACCGCUGCUUAUUGGGUGGGUCCAAGGUCAACAAAGGACAGAGAGAGAUUUCCACCAAAUAACAUACUUUUGAUGCUGGCUGGGGCAGGACUACUGUGGAUGGGGUGGACAGGGUUCAAUGGAGGUGAUCCAUAUCAAGCCGGCAUAGAUGCAUCCUUGGCUGUAUUAAACACUCAUGUUGCUGCUGCUACAAGCUUGUUAACAUGGCUCAUUCUUGAUGUCAUCUUCUUUGGAAAGCCUUCUGUUAUUGGUGCUGUCCAGGGCAUGAUCACUGGCUUAGUUGCAAUCACCCCUGCUGCAGGUGUUGUACAAGGAUGGGCAGCCAUAGUCAUAGGACUGUGCUCAGGCUCUAUCCCAUGGUUCACAAUGAUGGUAGUACACAAGAAGUCUGAGCUUCUUCAAAAAGUGGACGACACAAUGGCUGUUUUCCAUACCCACGCGGUGGCCGGAUGCCUAGGAGGAAUCCUCUCAGGACUCUUUGCUAACCCAAGGCUAUGCUACCUUUUCUACGGCGACUAUAAAAAAUACUAUGGCCUCUUCUAUGGUUUUCACGAUGGACAAAUCCACAAAGGAUUCAGGCAAAUGGGUCUCCAGCUUCUCGGGAUUCUGUUUGUCGUGGUGUUGAACGUUGUGAUGACAAGCUUGGUAUGUUUAAUAGUGCAGCUCAUUGUGCCACUGAGAAUGUCAGAGGAAGACAUGGAAAUUGGAGAUGAAGCUGCACAUGGUGAGGAAGCUUAUGCAAUUUGGGGACAAGGUGAUAGACUUGAGAAAUCUGCUGGAUUUUCAGCUUACAAUGAUGACACUGCUAGAGCUGCUAGCUCCACUUAUAAUACGUCUAGAAGUCAGGUCGAAAUGGUCUAAUUGAAAAUAAUUUCACAAUAUUGGUGAUGUGCUGAUGCAUUUCUUUUGUAUUGUUCUUUUUAUGUUUUGGUGUAGUUUUCUUUUGUCAAAGGGAUAUAACUGAUGAUGAUGUUAAGUCAUCUUUCGCACUAGCUGCAGGCUGCAAGAGGGCUUUUUG